GUGGCCCUUUUGGGCAGUCCAUGGCACAAUACGAUGCCUGCACUUUCGGCCGAGAGACUGCACAAUCCUACAGUCUGGAUCGUUGCCAGAGCCAGCCGAGGCAGUGUAGAGAGCACAUAGUGGAUAGAGCGACAGUCUGUCUGUUCUGUCUACUGGAGUUGCUGCAGCAGUGCUUGCGUGAGCUCUGGACUGGACGAGGAGUGUGAAGUAGAAGACGUCGCUCCAUAUUCGUUCAUGUUUUGGUGGUCACACAAGAAUUUCAGAAUAUGUGCACCACUUUCACGACUGUAUGUAUGAGCAGAAGAUAAGACUCCAUUUCGUAUAAAACUGAAGAUUACGAUAUGGAGUUUCAUGUCCGAGAGACGCUGAUCUGCACAGCUGUUAACCUGCUUCCACUGCUGAUUCUCCCAUUGCUCGAGUGACAUGCACAUUCGAACACGAUCUCGUGUAAACCAUCAACUGAUGAGGACAAAUUCAAGCCCGGAUAAGGACGGGGAUGGAGCUUGCGACACCAGUCCCACAACCGUCAGUAGCUUCAUCUCCUCCUUCCGUUUCCGGCAACAUGGACACUGGAAGCCCAAUACCCUCCCAACAGCUGCGUCCAAGUCCAAUGCGGGAUCCCGAUAUUCCCUCGACAUCAAGCAGUAGCAAGCUCGGGGAGGCGACGAAGGGCUGGUGGGUCUGAGGGAGGUCUGGAGUCCAAUACUCGGCAACAUCUGAUAGCAGCAGCAGCAGCUUUGUUUGAUCGGUGUGCGCAAGUGCCAAUCCAAGUACAGACCUGAGCAAACCUCUCGUGUAACAUUAUGUCUUAUCUUUGAUUUUACUACUGUAUACUUCUCCGAGCUUGAUACCAUAUCUCCAAUAGUCAGCCUGCUCAGAACAGUGUCCUCCUCGGUCCUGUGAUUCAUUGACAUCUCGAGAACCAACGGACCAUGCAGGCGAGCCAUGAUUUUCCUGCUCUCCAAACUACACAAGGUGUUCAAAGAUUCUUCCUCAGGAUAGAAGACGAGACAUAAACCUGAAUUCUGUAUUGCUACAGAGCUCAGAAUUACUGUUAUUAUUCGAGGUGGGAGUAAGUUCCGAGCUCCUCCGAGCAAAGGCCAGGCAUGACUCUGCACGCAGAUCUCAGCGCUCUCACACGACAUGCAGAACUGCAAGUGGCCGGUGAAUGCAAUUGUCUGAUUCUGGAGAAUCUUUGGGAAAUUCCCCAUUUUUUCAGAUCCAUACAGUCGGUUGCACAAUUCGGUCGUUAUCAGAUUUAGACAGCAACUGUUACUUGACUCGGGUAGACUGGAUGACAACGUUGCAGAUCAGGGAAAUCAGGAGAGCAGUGGUGGGGGCGGGGACCGAUUAAAAAAUCAGCUCAAAAAUGAACAGCAGAAACAGCUCUGACCAAAUUUUCUAUGACCUUCCGGACCAUGAUAACAUCUCCAACAAAUUCGAGGCGGGCAACGACGGCGACGACGACGACGAAUUUCAAGUGAAUACCAAUUGUGCGAACAACAUCUGCAGAAUGGCUCUGUUCAAAGACCACAAGGGCUGGUUUGUCCAGAACAUCAGGUGUCAAUCUGUCAGACGGCAGUCCAGAAGAACACCAUAUCUGGAUCCUUGACCAGUGACUGCCAUCCACGGGUGGAAGAGAGAAGUAACCGUCUUACGUUUAACUCAGAACAGCUUCAGUCAAUCUCAUCUCAUUUUUAAUUCACUUUUCCUGCUGGAAACGCCGACUGGACUUUCAGAGUUUCAUAAUCACGUGAAAUGGGAUCGGAGUCAUAACUAUACCACUAGCUACUUAGCCAAUCAUGAAGACUAGGGUGGCAUGGAAUAAGAUUCUUAGACGUGAUACCCAAGUACUUGUGCAGUACUUUCUUCAAGUACUUGACGGUUCUCUGUCACAUGAAUCUGUUCAAGUCUAUGGAGACAUGAUCCUUGUCUUUAUCCAAUGUGUUUAAUUUCUGUCGCG